GUACAUGUUACAGGGACAGAAAGAAAAAUCGAAAGCGCUGCAGAUUACAAUAAGACAUCCCAGACGAAGAGGAAGCCUCCAGGGAAGCUCAUUGCAGUCUCUCUUGCUGUACAGAAGUAAUGGAACACAGAGCAUGAUAUCCUGCCCCAGCUCUGAGACUGGAUCUGCAGGCAUUUGGGAGCUGGCUUUAUAGAACUCUUUCCAUGAGCCCUGGCUGCUUGGGAAACUGUUUUCCCCAUCUGACACUGUCUUAUAUUACCCCUCCUACUCCCCCUUCUGCCUCCUCCUCUGCUGGCCAUCUCUAGCCCCAGCUAGCUGGCAGUAAAAUCUAAAAAGUCAUCAUCUGUAAGGCACAGACAGGCGAGGGAGAGAAAGGGACUGCAAUCAGCAACGGAUCUGAAGUCUAUGCAGGAAGGAGCAGGGCAGAGUCAUGUCUGCGAUUUACAGCGAGGUUGCUGCGGAUGAGAACACCAGCGACAGCUUCUGGAUGCCCAAUAAUUACAGCAGCACGGUGAAGCGCACGGAAGAUGGCCACCGGCUUUGUGAUGAAAUUGUAGCAUGUUUCCAAGACAGAGCCAAGAUUGAGCGUCAGUAUGCUCUCCAGAUGGAGGAAUGGACCCACAAAUGGAAACCUCUGGUUGACAACAGCCCUAUGUAUGGUUCUCUCCUGCGUGCCUGGCAGGCCUUUAUGAGUGCCACAGAACGCCUGAGUGAGUUACAUACACAGAUUCAGAAGACGUUGGUCGCAGAUGAUGCAGAAAAGAUACGCACGUGGCAAAAGGAGACAUAUCAUCGCAAGAUAUUUGGAGGGUUCAAGGAGUCCUGUGAGAUUGAGAAUGGCUUCCACAAGGCACAAAAGCCAUGGGCCAAGAAGUUAAAGAAGGUAGAGAAGUCCAAGGCAGCUUACCACAAAGCCUGUAAGAAGGAGCACUUGGCUAUUGUCCGAGAGAACCGCGGCAAAAUAAACCCAGAACUGAAUCAAGAGAAGUUGAAGAAACUCACAGAGGAUCAUGAGAAAUGCACACAGGACAAAGAAAAGGUAAAACAGAGGUAUGAGAAGUCCCUACAGGAACUGAACAAGUAUAAUCCUAAGUACAUGGAAGAAAUGGAAACGGUGUUUGAUCAGAGCCAACAACAGGAGCAGAAGAAGAUUCUCUUUCUCAAACAAGUCCUUGAGUCUAUGCACAAACAUCUGGAUAUCUCCACAAAUGAGAGCGCAAAGACAGUGUAUAGUGCUUUAAAUGAUGCAAUUGUCGCUGUAAAUGACCAGGAGGAUCUGAAAUGGUGGAAGAACAAGCAUGGGCCUGGAAUGAUAAUGAACUGGCCUCAGCUAAAGGAGUGGACUCCAGACAUUGAGCAACAAAUUGUGAGAAAGAAGAAAGUGAAAGAGACGGACAAGGUGAAGUUAUACAGCGUAACGCCUACAGAAAGCAGUCAGAAUAAAGCUCCCAUCAAUGUUCCUGGAGUGCGUGUGAGAGCCGUAUAUGAUUAUUCAGGACAGGAAUCCGACGAGCUCAGUUUCAAAGCAGGUGAUGAACUCACAAAGAUUGAGGAUGAAGAUGAGCAAGGCUGGUGCAAAGGAGUGACAGAUAAAGGACAAGUAGGACUUUACCCUGCCAAUUAUGUGGAAGUGAUUUCUGGAUGAGAGGGUGGGGAACACAUUGUACAAGGAGAUGUAUAGACUGAAUGCAGCCGGUUGCUUUCACCAGCUAGUUAAAAGAUUUCUGCAAGAAGAAACCGAGAAAGCAGCAGACUUACCUUGUAGUUGCUCCUCAACAAAAACCCUACAGGAAAUACCACUGCUCUGGAAGGCAUUGCCAACUCACAGUAUUCUUCUCUUUUAUAUACCAGAACUUAAAUCUUCUUUAUAUCCUGACUGACAUGGAAGGCAGAUCUACUGGGCUGCAGAUUCCACAAACCUCACUGGUGCCUUGGGCACUGGACACCAAAUUAUUUUUAACAGACCUGUGGGUACAGCCAAACAUUCAGUGCUCCCUUAGGGACGUGCCUUGGUCCCUCUCAAUGCACAAAGUCAAGGGCUUCAAUAAAUAUAAUCCCAUAUGCCUUAGUAAGCCUUAGUGCAAUAACACAGCAGCCUAGAAGAAGCUUUUGUUACGGUCAUGUUUGCUGAAGCAGUGAAGGAUAUGAUUAAAGUGUCUGUACCAGUCUCA